CCCAAAAAACCUGGCCGACGAGAUUCCUGGUACGCCGUCUUCUUCUUGAUUCUUCUUCCUUGAUUCCUGGUAUGCGCCAAGCUUCUCCAAACUCCAAAGUAUAACCCACAGCACAGCAGAUGUUAGAUUCUUUCUUCUUAAUCCUUGGCAGCAUAAUAUUCAGGCACAAACAUCGUGUAGCGAGGACGAGGGUAACGCCAGCUGCAUAGAGGAAACAGUUAAACAUCCAGUUAGCCAGUCAGUGCAAACCCACGACAUCCUAAGGUCUCCCCUCCACACGCACACUCUUCCUAGUUUAGUCUUCAUUCGGAUUUUGGUGGGUGAAUCAGCGGUGUUUCUGUUCCUGGCCUAGGAUAACAAUGUUGAUAACGGUAAGAGAAGUUUCUUCUCUGUCUCACUGCUUCGCUGCCUUCAACACUCCAAGGACGAACCGAAACAGCCUCGUUUGCAGAGCCAGCAGCGUCCGUGUCCACGGAAAUCCUUCUCUCACUCACCAAUCAUGGAAUCUUGCUCACCUUCUUAAUCCCAUAACCAGCUUUGAUAAUUCAGUAUCCCAAAUCAAGCUACACUACAAUCUUUUCUUUAUUGCCCAGAGAAGAAAUAGUAUUUUCCAAAAAGCUCCACCCCGAAGCUUGAAGUUCACAGUUAGAAAUCAGUGGUUUGCUCUGAAUAAGGAGGAGAUUUCUUCCGAUUUUGAUUGGGAUGAACUAGACCAAGAACUAGAAGAAGAAGACGAAGAAGAAGAAGAGGAUGAGGGCUCACCGUGGGAAGGUGCUGUGGUUUACCGAAGAAACCCUUCGGUUUCGCACUUGGAGUACUGCACCACCCUAGAAAGGCUGGGCCUUGGGAAGCUUUCCACUAAGGUUUCUAAGUCUCGCGCUUCGGUGAUGGGAAUCAGGGUUACCAAAGACGUCAAGGAUUACCCGGAAGGGACGCCGGUGCUGGUUUCACUCGAUGUAACCACUAAGAAGCACAAGGUGGUCAGGCUCGAUGGGAUUAUCCGAACAGUCAUUACUCUUGAUUGCAACAGGUGUGGUGAACCAGCUGCUGAAACUAUUUUUUCUAACUUCUCACUCUUGCUGAGUGAAGAACCCAUUAAGGAACCAAACACCCUGGACAUGGGUACAAUGUUUGGAUCCAAGAAUUUUGAAGCAUUAGAGGAAGAUGACGACGAUUCUUUGAUUGAUAUUGAAGAUCAACUUUAUUUUCCUUUGGAAAACAAAGCCAUUGACAUCUCAAAGAAUAUAAGAGACUUGGUGCACAUAGAAAUCACUCUUGAUGCCACCUGUGAUCCCCAAUGCAAGGGUUUAUGUUUGAGAUGUGGUACAAAUCUCAAUAUUCACAGCUGCAAGUGUCUUGAACAAAACAUGGAGGCAAAAGGUUUUAGUCCUCUUGGUGGUCUGAGAAAGAAAAUGCAAUGAUCAUAGUGGAAUUCAUGUAUGUUUCUAUAUAAGAAGAGUAAUACAUUCUUUGUGUAACACAACACUGCUGUUUAACAAGCACCCAUUUCGAUCAUGAAUGUAAUAUAUUGAGGAAGGGGGUAGCACUUGCACUUAUGGUCUUCUUCUUGUCCUAUUUUCAGUGUGAACAGUAACAUUCGGCUUAUCUAAUGGAAAUACAAAUAAGUUGAUACCU